AGAAGCCAUAGACAUGUAUUGAAUCUCAUCCAUGAUCGACAUUAUUUUUCGUUAGUCCGAAAGUAUGGCGCGCGAAGAAAAUAAGAACAAAUAUUCUAACAUAGAACAUAUACGUACAAACAUGCUUUGGAUGGAUAUAAAGAUUGUCGACCCUGAAAUGGAAUCUUUAAUGAAACAAUUAAAUGAAGAACAAACAAGAUUGAAGGAGGCAUUGCGUGAAAAGUUACGUUUAAUGAAGUAUGAUACAGAUACUAUACAGAAAGAAAAUGAACAAAAAAAAGAAUGGUUACAGUCCAGAGGAAUACAAUUGGAGGAAAAAAAAGACUAUCUGGUUGUCAAGGUAGAGAAUGAAAUUAGAAUAAAGGAGGAACUUACAGAUCCCUUUACAGAUCAGAAUGAGUAUCAGGAAGAGAAGCUGAUUAUACAACCUUCAGAAGAACUUGGCUAUACUGAAAAAACCAAUAAUAAUACAAUAAUACAGGCAAGGGAUACCGAAGUAGAAGUUGGUAGGUUGAAAAAUUGCAACAAAAAGACAAAUAAUGAGGAGAGUAAUGAUGAUACUUUAAAGAAAAAUAGUCAAAUAAUAAAUAAAGAAAUAAAUAAUAGUGAUAUUAAUAAUCAAAGUACGAAAGAGGAAUCUGCAAUUGGAACGAGAAUGUCUAUGAAUACACAAGUAAAUGUAGAACCGGUUGAGGAUAUUUUAUUGAAUAAAAAGAAACCAAAACGUGGUAUGAAAAGACGUCGAAUUCCUAAGAAAUAUAGAGUCAGUUUAAAAAGGGAAAAGAAUAUCAAAGAAAAGACAGAAGAAGUACAAAAUAAUAAUGAUAUUGAAAGUGAAGAUCAGCCUUAAAGAUUUGACUCAAGUAAAUUUACAAAGUGGAGUAAUUUUUGAAACACAAAAGUACAGUUACAUUAUAUAUUUUAAUGUACCAAUUUAUUAUUCAGACCAAUUGAGAUGUUUGAACAAAUAGUUGCAUUCAAAGUAUAAAUGCAGGAGCAACAAUGAAGAUAUUUACUUUUGGUACAUGCACUUUUUGUAUAGUUAAACCAAAUAUUAUAUAUAAGUGUUUGAUAUGUAACAAAUUGGUAAUAUGAACGCUACCUAAAUGAUAGUUAACACACAAAUUAUAUAGAUUUUAUUAAAUAAUAGUGCAUAUUCCAAAAAUUUAUCAAACAUAGUAACUCAGGGCAAUAGAUUUCAUAUGUAUGAUUUAGUAAUCAGGUACAAAUUUAUUAUGAACUAUAAACCUGAGAUAUCUAAUUUUAUUGUAAAAGUAUAGGAAUGUAUAUUGAACAAUAUAUUGAAAAUUGUUAUUCGCUUAAUACACAUAUAUAAUUUUAUAAGAUUGUUUACUAUAAUUGAAAAGUUUAUUAUAAUUUUGUUAUUUACUAAAAUAUUGUACGCAGGUGUUUUGUGUCUCUCUUUCCUGGAUUCAUGUUUGCAGUAAUCAGAAAACGUAUGUAUUUGUAACUAUUUGUAUUCAGGUCAUUUUCAUCAAACCAUUACACUUUUUCUUCAGAUGAUAUUAAUAUCACAUUUAUCUUACAUAGAAAGCUUAGCAUAGCUUUGAUUAAAAGAAAUAUAUGUAAUACAAAAUAUUCACGAUACACACACACACACGCACACACACACAUACAUAUAUAUUUAGAAAAAGAAAAAUAAUACCGCAUGAAAAUACCUUCUCGACAAAAAUUCUCUUUGCCUAAGCUGUGUUACAGAUUUAAUAUUAAUUCUGUUGCUUGUAUAAAAGAUGUUUAAUUAAUAAAUAUAAUAAACGUUA